AUGAGCGCCUUCACCGAAGCCAACCGCAAAGCGUUUGACGACCUCUCCUCCACCUACAACAGCCAACCCUGGCAAAAGGCCAUCUCAAGCCAAAUCGGCAACGCCCUGCUGGCACAGAAAGAAUGGAUGGGCGUACCCUGGAUCCUCCCUACCGAUGAGCCUGGCCGUAGAGACAUCCGACUCCUCGACUACGCCUGUGGCACCGGAUCUAUCACUCAAGUCCUUGGUCCUCACGUCUCCACUAUCCGAGGCAUCGACAUCUCGGAGAACAUGGUUACCAAAUACAACGAGGCCGCCUCAUCGUCCGGUCUCACCCACGAGCAAGCACAUGCUGUGGUUGGAGAUCUCUUCACACAGACCGUCGCCCCGGAUCUCUGCACAAGCGAAUGGUACAAUUUCGACAUCGCCGUCAUCGGUCUGGGUUUCCACCACUUCGAGCACCCAGACCUGGCCAUCAAACGACUCGCAGAGCGGCUGAAAUCAGAGACAGACCCACCAGUGGCAUCGGCCUCGAAGUCUACAGACGCACCAGCGUCAUCAUCAACAGAACCACCUCAACCAGCCAAGGACGUCCAACACACCGUAAAAACCCACGGCUUCACCCCUUCCCAGAUCCGCGACUUCUACACCGCCGCCGGCUUCACCCCCGAAUCCUUCGACAUUACCGCGCUCCGCGAAUCCGCAACGCUGCACCUCUCCAGCGGUCCCAGUGAGCGGAAAAUCUUCAUCGCCAAAGCCACCAAGUCGCCCACCGCAUGGCAGAAAUUGACAAACUGGCUCGCUGGCGGCCAAGAUACAGUGAGGGAGCAAUUUCGCACGGAUCGAGUGGACGCACAGGCUUGGAGACCUUGGGCGGAGACGGGACCGGACAGGGAGGUUUGGGGUGUGGGGAAGAAUAAGGAGGAGCCGUGGGGUGGGUUCGAGCAGAGGGCGGAGAAGAAGAGUUGGAAUGGAUUUUGA